CAGAACUACAUCUCUACCAGCUUCACAUAUCUAGAAACUGAAAUUUGUGCCCAUUGUUUCUUGCAAAACAUCUUAGGUUCAGUCAAAUUUUAUGAAGAGAAUCUGUAAAGUUCAGUUUUCAAGUCACAGAUUCCCAAUUGGAUUUAGCUCUGGACUUUAACUGGGCCAUUCCAAAACAUGAAUACAGUAUGUGUUGAUCUAUAUCAUUAUAUUGUAGUUCUGGCUGUAGUUUUAGGGUCAUUGUCCUGCUUGCAGCUGAACCUCUAACAGCAUCUAAGAGGUUUUCUUUCCAGACUAGACUUUGUUGAGGUGGCUCCUUGUUCCAAUCCACUUAAAACACCUCCAACCUCCAGAUCCCAAAGGAGGAGACUGGCAUGGGCUCCCUGCAUCUGAGGGUGCCCUAACAACCAGUAAAAAGCAGGUAAAACAUUAACUUUUGUUCUGCUGACAAGAUACUGCCACUGCUUCCUUAUUAAUGGAAACAGUGGAAAGCUUGGGGCCAGAUGUCGUUCGCUAAUGGAGGAAAAGAGGUUGGCCGCUACCUCGGCAACCCACAAAUCAACACCUAAGUUGCUCUGACCAAUCAGACAGAAGACAUUACCGUUCAGAGAGAUACAACAUCAUCCUCAGCAGCUGUGAUGUUCAGCAGAACUGCUUUUUUCACAAUAUUCUAUUUUUUCAUGAAUAAUGCCUCUUUCUUACGUAACAGGACAUCUAUUUGGAGACCUUUACAGUAGAUAUCUAACUUAGAAAUUCAAUCUUCCUCCUUUUCAAAGUAAAUAUUUUCGGAGCUUAAGCGCUACCAUUGUUGUCUUUUUUUGGUGCUGGUGAGGGAAGAUGUCGUGGUUUCAGAAGGUGCGGGUCAAGGUGAACUGGACGGCACUUUUAAUUCUGGCCCACUUCACAUACCUGCUGAUUGGGGCUAUCAUCUUCCAGAUGCUGGAGAGAGAAGCUGAGAGCAACAACCGAAACCACUUCCAGCUGGAGAAGCUGAAUUUCCUGACAAAUUACACCUGCUUGGAUGGUCCUGCCUUGGAGAAGUUUGUUCAGGUAAUUUUGUAUGCCUGGGAAAAGGGAGUGAACCCCUCCGGCAACUCAACAAACCCCAGUAACUGGGAUUUCAGCAGCUCCUUCUUUUUUGCAGGCACAGUUGUUACAACCAUCGGUUAUGGUAACCUCUCUCCGAGCACUAUGUCCGGUCAGGUUUUUUGUGUGUUUUACGCACUGUGUGGCAUUCCUCUGAACCUGGCCUUCCUCAAACAGCUGGGCAAGUGUCUCACCAUCCAUCUGGGUCGAUUAGAGACAGGGAUGGUGGCUGUUGUUCCUCACAAGGUGCUGAUGUGGUUUUGUUUGCUCUGUAAUGCAGUGUCUAACUCAUACUUGUGUGUGAUGGCUAAAUCAAGUGUUGUUCUGGCCCAGAGAGCAGUGGAAGCCCUGGCAGUGAGUUUGUUCUUCAUCACCGGCAGCCUGCUGUUUCUCAUCAUCCCUCCUCUGUUGUUCAGUUAUGUUGAAGGCUGGACAUUUGGAGAGGGCUUCUACUUUGCCUUCAUUACCCUUAGCACCAUUGGUUUUGGAGAUUAUGUGGUGGGCACCGACCCAGGGAAGGACUACAUCUCACUGUACCGCAGCCUCGCAGGCAUUUGGAUCAUCUUUGCGCUCGCUUGGCUUGCUCUUAUCCUUAACAUGGGCGUGAGGAUCAUGGAAAACUUGGUUAUUCUGACUCAUCCAGGCUUUAAGAAGCAUGAUGAGGAGGACAAAGAGGUGUCUUCCAGUAAACUAGAAGUCACAUCAAAGAUCUGACUAUGGGCAUUCAAAUAUUCCCAAAUUAUAUUGAUCUACUGUUAAAUACUCCAUUUAGUUUUCUUUUUUUUCUGUAAGCUCUUUCCUAUUAUAAAAGGAGGCAAAAAUGUUUUUAUAUGUACAUAUAUUUGUGAUGUGUUGUGUUCUACCUCAAUGUGAAAGCCUGUUUGAUCAGGAAUGGUUUGUUUUUCCAUUCUCAGAUUGGUGUUUGUUUACUUCUUGUGCUCUUCUAAUUCCCACCAGUAUGAUUAGAUGUUCAAACAGGACGCUCAGAUCUGAGGUGUUAUUUCAUGGCAACAUGUCACCUAUAUGUGUGUGUGUUCAUUGAUGUCAGUUCACAUCUGUGCUUGUGUGCUGAUGGAAAACUCCGGCGAAUUGAGCACGGACGGCUAUCUUAAACCAACACAUUAAUCAGGAUGGUGAUGCGAGGUGGAAAAAAAGGAGGAUAGCCCUCGUCUGUCACUGCCUUAUAUGAAAAGCAACUAAAAGCACAUCGGUGUUCAUUUAGGAUGCCUUGCAGAAGUGUUUGUACACCUUUAGCUCUUCCACAUUUAUCAUGUUACAGUCACAAACUUUAAUGUAUUUUGUUGGGAUUUUUGUUUUAGACUUUUUUUUUUUAAAUAGUCACAGUCAGAUUGCAUAGAAGGUGUCCGUAAACAGCAAUGUUUAAGUCUUGCCACAGAUUCUCAAUUGGAUUUAGGACUGAGCCAUUUAUAAAACAGUUAUCUACAUUUUAUCACAAUCCUAAGGUUUGAGCUUAUGGUUAUCAUUUCAAAAUGUCCCUGUUGUUCAUUAUGUUUUAUAUUUUCAGAGUUAAUUCCUGUGAUCUAGUCCCUGUGUAUUUUAGUCAGUCUUUCCUUUUAUCUUUGUUCAUCUCUUGUGGUAAUUACUCUUUCUUUGCCUCAGCUCCCUCUGCCUUUUCCUUGUCUCAAUUGUUUCAUAGUUUCACCUUAUUGGUGAAAAUAUGAACUGCACUAAAUCUCUUCUCCACUCUUCCCUCAAUAUUUAAACUCUCUGUUUCUCAUUGUUCCCAGCUGGGUUUUUCCAUUUACCUGCAUCUUUCUCCGUUCCUUUCCUGGCCAGUUUUUCCACACUGGCUCCUCUCUGCCAGUUCUCCUUGUGCUUGGCUGUAAAUUAUAAAAAUUUU